CUAGUACUACUACUUCUAGCACCUCUACUUCUCUACCUUCUAAUAGUGCAAAUGAUCCUAUUUCGGAUUCGGUUGCCUCUUGGCUCGUUAUGCCAUUUGGCCUUACGAAUGCCUCGGCCACUUUCCAAGCGGCUAUGACAAUGGAGUUCCGAAACAUGCUGGAUCGAUAUGUACUUAUCUACCUCGACGACAUCCUGGUGUACAGCCGGAGUUUGGACAAGCAUGUGGAACACCUGCGCACCAUUUUGGAGCGGCUACGACAAGCCAAGUACAAAGCCAACCGUUACAAGUGCGAAUUCGCGCGGCAGGAGCUGGAGUACUUGGGACACUAUGUGACGCCGCAAGGCAUCCGUCCGCUUGCGGACAAGAUCGAGGCCCUACGAGUAUGGCCCGAGCCCACCAACACCACGAAYRUKYGYUCAUUCAUGGGRUUGGCGGGCUACUAUCARCGAUUCAUCACCGRAUACUCCAGGAUUGCUGCACCUAUGACGAGGUUACAGUCGCCAAAGGUGCCAUUCGUAUUCGAUGACGACGCACGCCGGUCAUUCCAAGCACUUAAGACGGCUAUGCUCAUGGCACCYGUCCUUAGCAUCUAUGACCCCACCUUGCCGACGAGAGUGACUACGGACGCUUCCGGCUAUGGCAUUGGGGCAGUCUUGGAACAGCACGACGGCGACGACUGGCACCCUGUGGAGUAUUUCAGCCACAAAGUGUCUCCCAUCAACUCGCUUGAUGAUGCAAGGAAGACGGAGCUACUCGCGUUCGUCAUGGCUCUCAAGCAAUGGCGGCACUUCCUCCUUGGGCGUCGUAGGUUCACAUGGGUUACGGACAACAAUCCAUUGACCUACUACAAGACGCAGGAUACGGUGAGCAGCACGAUUGGACGAUGGAUGUACUUCAUCGACCAAUUUGACUUCACACCGAAACAUCUUCCCGGCCUCUCCAAUCGCGCAGCAGAUGCACUCUCAAAGAUUGGGUUGACCGCCUCCCCGACAUCGAGUUCGCCUACAACAGUGCACCAGGCGAUCGGCGUGACUCCAUUCAAGUUGCACCACGGUGGACGGAAAGGCCGUAUCUUCGCCGACCUUCUCCUCCCUCGACCAGCCGACAUUGACGCCGCUUGCUCCCCCGCCUCCGUUCGGAAGUACAGGGAAUUGCUGACUCAAGCCCGCGCGAACAUGCAAAAGGCUCAAGUCCGCAUGCAGCAGCAAGCCAACAGGUGUCGCGUGCCAUGUCCUAUCCGUGCCGGUAAUCUGGUUUGGGUCUCCACGGAAGAGUUUGCACUGGAACAGGAUGUUUCACGCAAACUGCUUUCCAAGUGGUUUGGACCAUGGUCUGUGACAGCAGCCGCGGGUGAUGAGCCCGAUGGCCCUUCAUUUGUGAUCAACAUUCCAGAGCAUCUGACGGUCCAUCCAGUCUUCCACGCCUCGAAGCUGGCAACAUACACGCCAGCCAAGAGCGACGACCUUCCGGGCCGACGAUCGCAGGACCCUCCUUCUAUGGAUGGUCAUCAGGAAGUUGACCGCGUCAUCACUGAUCGCAAGUACGGCAGCAAGCCGCGGCAGUACAAAGUCACAUUCAAAGCAUGCGAUCGCGACAACACUCGGUAGAUUUCAGGCGCAGAUUUGAAAGCAUCCGCACCGCUGAUCUACGCGCAUUAUGAAAAGCGGAGGUUAGCUCAGGAAGCUUCACGACCAGCCCCCCCCACCCGGACUGUGGUCCCUCCCUCAGACAGACAGCUUCGCCCUCGCAGGUGACUUGCCUUGAGUAACAGGUCCUCUCUAGUGUUUGGGAGUAGGAUACAAACGCUUACGUCAUCUACAAGUCUAACAGCUGAUAGGAACUUACUGUCUGAUCCAAUGGAGCUGAUGAACAUUGCCUCGUUGUAGGCACACAAUAAACAUGCUAGCGCAGG